UUUUUUUCAAAACAUGAUAUUAGUGUCAAGUGGAUGUGCAUCAUUCUCGAAUUGAUCUCUCGCUUAUAGAUAUCACUAGUCCUUGGACAAUAAAGAUUAUAGAUACCCCAUGUCACGUCUCUGAUUGAAAAACUGACCCAAUUAUAUUUCAGAAGGCCUAUUCGGAGCUGACCUCGAUCCCAAUAAAAAGGGUGUUGCACUACAUGGAUAUUUCUAUUCUAAUCCUACCACAGUGCUAGUAAUACAGCCACUGCCCUGAAUGCGUCCCAUGCCGGCGAGGUUUAGCACACGUUUAAGCGACAAGUCCCAUUUAUCGUUCUGUAUUUAGACAGUGUGCACUGAGGACACAUUGAUUGUGACGAACAACUUGGAGUAGCUUACAUUUGCAUCUGAGUGUUCCUGUGUGGAGACCAAUAUACAGAUUUGAUGAUAUUCAUCAGGCUAUAACCCUGGAGUUCGCACACCCUUUUUUCUUCAUUUUGUGUUUUGCUGAUUAUGGAGCACCGUAUUUUCUAUCUUGGACAAGGACCACUGGAUGUGUCGAUGUGACAGUUAUACCAAUCACACGUUGUCGGGCUUUUGGGCGUUUCAAUUUGUCGUUGAGCAAUCAUGGUUAACCCACAACUGUUUUGUCACAACCUUUUAGAAAAAUAUGUCUUGACGUCAAAGUAAGACGGUCGAAAACACGAUGCGCAUUUUGCUUUGCAUCACGGACAGAAGCUACACUCGGAUUUACAAUGUGGUAUAGCUGAAGACAAAGUUCAUCAUGACAGAAAAACAAGGCACCGGGUCCUCUCCCCAGAGAGGGACAAACACGAGAAUGCGUGACAGGCUGCAGGCCAGCCUGGCGGGACUGGAGGAGCUGAAGAUACUGAGGGAUCGUCAACAAUCGUUGGUCGAUGAUGCCAAAAGCAUGAUGGGUCGCAAUAAGACGAGGAGGCAUUCGUUUCAAUCUCAUAACUCGCUUUUGGAAUAUAUCAGACCCGAGGAGUUAUCCCACAAUCGACGGAAUUCCCUGAGUGUCGUCCACGAGAUUGACAAUGAGAGGCAAGAAAACGCUACGCAGAACAUCGUCGAAACUUGGCUGCAGACGGCAAACACGAUGCAAAAACAAAUGCGAAAACCCGAAUUUCAGAUCCGAUCUCCCACGAACUCUGAUACAAAAUCUUCAAAAGACAGUUCUUCUUCAAUUUCUCCCCAGAAUUCGCCCCGAAACUGUGAUACGAACGCCCAAUCAGAGUUCGCUUGUAAAAUUUCUCAAGAUCACGUGAUAGACUCUGAACCAAUCAAAUCUGAGGAUGUUGUUGAUGGGAUGGACGUUUCUAAAAACUGUGAUAGGUCUGAAACGGAUGGUGCUCAGUCUAGCUUAGCCGACGUUGCCUUUGAACAAUCUGUGGCUGAAAUUUCUGGUUACUCUAGUUGCUCGCCUCACCGGAGGUUUAGCUUGGAUGCAUCACUCUUGGCCGAAAUGCAGAGAAAACCGUUCAAGUUGCCCUAUGGUGCGAGGCCGCGUGAUAAACAAACUGGUGCUAAGGAUAAACUAGACACUGAAGAAGUCAUACCAACUGAGAUAAAUACUGUUUACGAGAAAGAGAAAGAAUCAAAACAAAUUACCAAAGAGGAGAUUGCUGCUGACGAAAGUGUGUCUACUCCCGUGCGUCUACGCAGACGACAGAGUUUUGACUAUACGUCCGCACGAGCCGGCCCUCCUCCACUGAGUAAUUUACAGCGCCGUUCUAGUUUCUCCGUUGGUGUCGCACCUUCCGCGCGAACGUCAUAUCAAAAAUCUUACACUCUCUCUGGUUGCAAAACAAAGUUCAAUUUCCCUAGUCCUUUGCAUGCUGUGCUAAUGAACAGACAAAAGGUGGUGCUCUCUGAAGAUAAUGACUGUGCAGCGAGUUCGUCGGAGUCUGAUACAAUGGACACGUUCUCCAGGAGUUCAGAUACCUUGUAUGAUACUGACAGUCAGGUGCAUGAUGGACUGUAUAACAUUCUAAGCCAAGAUGAUUCGCCGGCAAAACAAUCAAAAAAUUCACCGCGGGAAGAUAAGGCUACCCUGCGUUAUAAGACCUUGGCGCGUGAUGCCGGCAAAGGAGACCUCGCAACGCAAGCUACGCAGAGGCAACAACCUCCUUCAGAGUCUCCUGCAGUGCCAGCCACAGACCGUAGAAGGGAGCCAUUUGACUCUGCUAACAUGGGAAACAUCCGCGCCAUUUGUAACAAUACUCGGCGUGCUUCGGCGGGCGAAGUAAUGCGUGGAAGGGGCGUGUCUCACCCUAACUCGACUGAAGUAAUUGCUCCUCCACCUCCAAAACCACGACUACGAAAAAGUGGAAAUGUUCUCUUGGAGGGAGGUGUUCCAUCUAGAAGCGAAAGACCAAACCAAAGGUUUGAGGCUAGAAACACGCAAGUGCAAUCAAGCGGGCAAGUUAACAACAGUCCCCGAUCGCGUGGAAGCGUCGACUCUGGGAUGAAUUUCUACAGAGAUGGUGGUAAUGUUCUUCGGUCACGUGGUAGCAUUAACUCCGUCGUGAGCGCCUUAUCCAGUGGGGAUAUGCCUCGUUCCGAUACUGAGCCGUCUGCGCAUUCGACGCCUCGUUCUCGCUCGCCGGAUUUUCCACAGAAUCGGAAGCCGGCACCUUCAUCAAGUCUAUCUUCUGUGUCAACCCCGCAUCUUGUGGACAAGGGUCCACAGGUUAGCUUGACGAAAACCCCGCGAGAUUCAAACAAUAACGGAACAGCUGAAGAUAAUCAUGAGUUGAGGAACUCAGAUGAUAGCUUAAAGUUCAGCAGGUGUGGGUCUCCGGACUCACUCUUUGACAGACCGCCUCCGGUCCCCGAAAAGCGCUUCAGCCUCCGGUCGGACGCCGCAGACUCCGGGUUUAUGAGUUCCUGCAUGUCGCUCCUGACAACAUCGAGUGGUUACUCUUACAAACCAAGAGGAAGCUACGAUGCCAAGUUAAGUAUCGCUUCUAUAGAAGAAGGGUAUAUUUCGUCGCAGUCCACGGACAGCCCAAAGGAGAAUCGUCACAGCCACAAGCUGAGUAUCCGAUCGGACUGUAGCUUCAUGUCCACGGGGAGCUCCUACUUCGCUGAAGACGAGCUCAGUGACGACGACCACCACUAUCACAACCACGGUGAGGAGAGACCUCGGGAAACUUACUCUAGGGUUAACUCCGGAGUAUUGCCAGGAAAAGCAUCACGGAAUGCUGAGGUUAAUCGUAUAUCCUCAGUUUCAGAAGCAAAGCGCUUGGAUACCGACAGUAAACCUACUUUAAGGAAGAGUACCUUGGCGAGCAGUACUCUUUCUGAUUUUCGCCAGAUUCUCCACGAGAAUAAGAAGAACCAAAACAAAUCUGGCAUCAUGCCGCCCCAGGGCAGACGACACUCUCUGCCAAUCAACGCCCUCUCUCCGCAGAGUGCGUUAAGGCAGAAGUACCUCGUCUGCUACAACAAUGAUAUGGCACCAGUCCAGGACUCCUCAAUAUGAAGUUAUAGUUGAAAACCAUGAACAAAUAAACAUAAAGGUCUCACUUAACUGUCUUUAAAACUUUUUCAGUAGACCAAAAAAGUCAUCCAUUUCGUCGUUUAAGUCUCGCAAAAAAGAUGCUGAAAUGAAAAGAUGAUGAAAAUCCCAUCAGUUUAGUGAGACGGUUUGUUACUCUAUGAUAAACAGCUGUAGGCGCUCUUGCGGUAGUUUGUUUCCAUGAAACAGUUGUAUUGCGUACAUUUUAUGAAAAACUGUAUGGCUUUUGUUGUUAUAUACCACCUGAAGCUACGAUACAGCUUGGGCUAGAGCUUCAGUUAUCAUCAUCCAAGAAACCAUUUUGUCAUAAAAGUAAAUGUACGGCAUUUUAUUUGUUACUGAAUUAUGAAUUAGUAUUUAAUGUGUAUACAUGUAAAUCAUUACUUUGUGAUAUUAUAAUGUUUGGGAGUGAUUUUACCGGCGAACCUUCACCAGAGCUCAUCCAGUGCACAGACACAAUGUUUCCAUUUUCAUUGCACCUCACCCAAACGGAUGUUUGUAGCCAGUCCAAGCAUCAAUGUUGGUAGAGGGAGGCCACUCACCCGAUCAAGCCUUCAUUUUGAUAUAGAACCUGCCACGUUCGUCUGGGGCACGACGCCAGCGCCACGCAGUGCCGGAAAAGGACCCAUAAAUCUCCGCCAUGAUAAAGAUAGGAAAGAUAGGUCAUGAGACGGACGUUUCGUCGUGCCAAAAACGUUGCUGGCAAGCCCUGUAUUGGAGAUUAUGAAGUAUUAAGAUGCGUUGAGUCUUCAUCAUCAGACGACAAUAUUCUGCCACCUAUAAUCUUCCUUACGUGUAUAUCUUGGUCAACUCAACCACAGUUACAGUGCCGGCAUAUGUAUAUUAUUGUCUAUGUAUGUGUAUCAUUAAAUGGUAAACAAGAUUAAAUUAAUGUAUUUCUAA